AGUUUAAGUUACCUAAAGUUCCAUCAUCGUCAUCAAGCUUUGUCUAAUAUUAUCCACGGGCGCAUAUUGAAAUACAGAGUGCAGCAAGGCAAGGCAGUGCAAAGAGGUCAAUCAAUUUUUGUUAUCAUACCCCCCCACAGAUUUUUUUUUUUUUUUUUUUUAAAAAAAAAAAAGGAGACGGCCCCCAAAUUAAUUAAAUAUCCAAUGGCUGCUGGUGUCGUGGUUGGCGCAUCACGGCGGCUACUGAUGCAGCCUGCAUUGCCGUCCCGGUUUCGCACGGCAACGGCAACGCCAUCGCGACGAAGUUACAGCACACAACCCCCCAGGGACUCCAAUAACACGGUCAAGUUCUGGCCCUUCAUCGCCAUCAUCGGCCUCGGGACCGCGGGUUACGUUUCCUUGGUCAGGGCUAAGGCGGCGAACAGGACUGCGCCGGCACGGAAGACGCAAUAGUGAUACUCUGGCUGAUGUAUAUAUACCUACCUAAUAUAUAUCCAGUCGGGGAUUAUAUCAAAGCGAUGUAUCAUAUGCAUGUAUGUAUGAUUAUUGGUUGAGGAAGGAUAGAAUGAGCGGGUGGACUUUCAGCAUGCCAACAAAUACCGAAGUUGUGUAGCUUUGGCUAGAUUGAUAAUUUCUCUCUUCUCCGAGCACAUGAUACUUUUGUCUGAGAGUGACUUAACUCUCUCUUACUAUCAUAGAGAGUGAGAAGGAGGUCUAGUCAAAUCAUGAGAUUACGACCCAGAGCAGGGAGAGAAUAACAACCACCAUUUGUGUUUAUUUUCUUGGUGGUUAUGUAGUGUAGUGUAACUCAUCACCGUGAGCAGAGCUUUGGAAACGUCUUAAGUACCUUAGGUAGGUAGGCAGGCAGGCAGGUAUAUGUAAAAAACAUUUCAUCUACUUGUCGGGUUUGUCUAACUUGGUCAAAUAUAUAAUAAAGUAAGCUGUGGCCUAUGAAUGGUAUAACAUGUAUAAUUUAAAGACUUACAGAGGAUAAGUUUUCACUAACACAUUCUUACGUCUCAAUUUCUUAAAAACGUAAAGUUUAUUUAUAGAAUAGCAGUCGUAUAGCUUGUCCCUUACUCAAAGCUUAUUAACAUUCAGUUGUCAAAUAUAUAAGCGAU